UGUGUUAGCAUCCCCUGAGCAACUCUCUCAAUACCGCAUACGGCUGAAGUGCUGGCAAGAGAACCUGCAACUACAGACGGCAGCCUCAGCUAGAGAGAGACAAGCAGAACAGACAGGCGGGGAGAUGGCGUGCUAGAAAGAACGAGCGCUAGGAGGAGAGAGCAGGAGAGAGCAGAUCACUUCUUACUGCUGUCUCUGCUUCCUGCACAACCGCCACUGUUCGGUGUGUGUGUGUGUGUGUGUGUGUGUGUGUGUGAGAGAAAGAGCAAGAGAGAGAAAGUGCAUGUGCCUGUGUGUGCGAAGCUCGCACUUGGACUGCCUGCCUGGGUUACUGCAGUAAAAGCGCUGGAGGACAGGACGCAGCACUCCAGAACCCUUUGCAGGAGCUCUGGGUUUGGGAGCAGAUCCCUGGAGGAAGCCAGGCACCAGGAGCAGGCAGCGAGGAAGACGGUUUCAGCGGUGGGUCUGCACUGGAAUGCUGGCACCCCGCGUGGCGCUUGCCACCCAGUGAAGGCACCAAGGUGGACCCCUCUGCACCUGCUCGUGCAGGGGAGCAGGUCGGGUGAGUGUUCCACCACGCUGCGGGAGCUGAGCUGGCCUCGGGCACAGUGACACACGUGGAGCUGAGGAACUUUAACGGUUAGACGCUUUGCUCUAAAGAACAAGGUGGGAGCAGUGCGGAGCAGCGGAGUUACUCCAGCAUGGUGACGGGGACAUGGAGGCUAUGUGCAGUGGCUGAGCUCUGAAAUGGCAGUGCAGGCCAGGCAGGUUCAAGCAUCCCUGCUGCAGCACUGUGUCCACCCUUAGGUCCUGGGGCCCACCCUAAGCGUCUGAUCGUGCCCGGGCCCCCGGCACCCUCGACGGGCUUCCCACAUACCGGGCCUCCUGGCUUCACUCCGGCCCACCAUGGGAGGAUGCCUCUCCAAACCCAAACCAGUUGAGGUCAAAGUUGAACUCACCCUCCUGGAGAAGGAGAAGGAGACGGACCUGAUGUCUCCGAACGGCAAGGCCAGCCCAUUCUCGGAGUGCCGUCCAAAUGGCUCCCUGGGCCACUGCUCGGACGAGGAAGCGUCCACUCUGCGCUCUAACCACAAAGCCCGUGACUACACCGAGGCCGCCGUCUGCCACGUGAAAGACCUGGAGAACGGACAGAUGCGUGAGGUGGACAUGGGGGCAGGCAGAGCUUUACUCAUUAAGGAACAUGGAGAAUUCUGGGCCAUGGGGCACAAAUGUCCGCACUACGGGGCUCCGCUCGUUAAGGGAGUCCUAUCUAAAGGACACGUACGCUGUCCAUGGCAUGGCGCCUGCUUCAACAUUGCGACAGGAGACAUCGAGGAUUUCCCCGGCCUGGACAGUCUCCCCACCUUUCAGGUCCGAGUCGAAAAGGACAAGGUGAUUAUACGGGCAAACAAGCAGGCUCUUCAAACACAGAGGAGAACAAAGGCCACAGCGAAGUGCUCCGCUGUCAUCAACUCCAGCACAAGCUUCAGCCAUGUCCUGAUCAUCGGAUCAGGUCCUGCGGCCUUGGUAUGUGCUGAGACGCUUAGGCAGGAGGGCUAUACCGACCGUAUCGUCAUGUGCACCAUGGACAAGCACCCACCCUAUGACAGGCCUAAACUGAGUAAGUCAUUAGAAAGCACAGCUGAGCAGCUUCAGUUGCGCUCGAUGGAGUUCUUCCAGACCCACGACAUCGAACUCUUCCUGGAGAAAGAGGCUGUGUCCGUGGACGUAAAGACAAAGACCGUGAUGUUUCAGGAUGGCUAUAAGAUGGAAUACAGGAAACUCUUCAUUGCAACAGGAAGCAGACCCAGGACCAUAAAUUACAAGGGGAAAGACAUUGGCAAUGUGUUUCACCUGAGAACCCCUGAAGAUGCUAACAGCAUAGCCAGGCUGGCUGGCAGUAGGAACGCUGUCAUUGUGGGCACCUCCUUUACUGGUAUGGAGGUGGCCGCAGCCCUGACAGACAAAGCCCACUCUGUGUCUGUGAUCGGCAUUGACGCCGUGCCAUUCCGCAAAGCCCUUGGCGAGAAAGUAGGGAAAUCUCUGAUGAGGCUGUUCGAGGGGAACAGGGUGAAGUUCUACAUGCUGAACGAGGUGUCGGAAAUGCGGGGGCAUCAUGGACAGUUAAAAGAAGUUGUUCUGAAAAGCGGCAAGGUCUUAAGAGCGGACGUGUGUGUUAUCGGCACAGGAUCAAGUCCUGCCACGGCGUUUCUCAAACAGAGCGGAGUUCACAUGGACUCCAAGGGCUUCAUCACCGUCAACAAGAUGAUGCAGACGAACGCAGAUGGAGUGUUUGCUGGCGGCGAUGUCGUAACGUUUCCGUUGGCUCUGCGUGGCAAUAAGAAGGUGAACAUCCCUCACUGGCAGAUGGCCCAUGUCCAUGGGAGGGUUGCAGCUUUGGGCAUGAUGGGAAAAGCCUCAGAGAUUAGAACGGUGCCUUACUUCUGGAGUGCUAUGUUUGGAAAAAGCAUACGCUACGCAGGUUAUGGAGAAGGCUUUGAUGAUGUCAUCAUCCAGGGAGAUUUGGAUGAGUUGAAAUUCGUGGCUUUCUACACCAAGAGUGAGGAGGUGAUAGCCGUAGCCAGCAUGAACUACGACCCCAUUGUGUCACGGGUCGCUGAGGUCUUUGGUUCUGGAAAGACAAUUAAGAAGCGUGACGUAGAGAUGUUCACCCAUGGCAAGACGGGAGAUAUCUCAUGGUUGAUAGACAAAGGCUCACAGUGAGAAUCCUCCAAACUCUGAGCAGUAGAGACUUGAGCCGAAAGUCUUUCUUCUGGAGUCUUUCUUCUGGUUCACCCGGUGGAACGCUUUUUAAGGAAACCCCCAGCUGGUCUCAGCGCUGAAGAAGCAGUCUGGGAAGGAAGAUUGGGGAUGGAAGCCUGAAGCUCCAAUCAAUGGGACCCCACACCUGCAUAAGCUAGCCCACCCACAGGACAGGGCUAGGCACCUGCUUUCGGAGGCUGGGAGCAGAGCUGCAAAUAACACCUGCUCUCGAUACUAGCAUGAAAAUGAGCCAUACCGUUUAAAAAAAAAAAAAGUUCUUAAACACUGGAGGUCUCCUAGGUCGGCAUGGUAUGGAUCUUUGUUUGUGUUUGUUUUUGUUUCCUCCAGUCAAAUGCUGAUGCAAUGCCAAGCUCCGGCCUUCUCUGCUAGUGCACGAAUCAGCUGUACACAAUGUUUAUAUAGGGCCAGUUGAGGAGAGUUAGCAUUAAAAACCUAUUUUGUACAUGCAACUUUGUAUAUAGCUGUUACAUGCAACUGGGUUAUGACAUUCACAAUGAUUUUGUUUCUACUAAACCUCUGAGGACACGGUAAUGCUACGGAUUAGGUUAGGUGUGCCAACUACGGCCUUUAAGAAGAUCAAGCAACUGACCUUUGGACAGAUACGUGGUUAGGCUCCAGUCUAUAGUAUGACAAGGCUUUGUUUAAGAAUCACUCUGAAAUUUCAUGUUGAGUCUGUAGAAUUAGAAGUAAAUAUGCUAAUUAUGCAUGUCUUGCUUGAAGUCUCAUCACGGUGUCGUCAGUCCAGGUCCAGGUGUCAGUCUAUUUGAAGAGAAACAUUUCAGCAUGCCGCAGGCUUUAAAGUGUAAACUAGAGUACUGGUUUUAACGCUAAAAGUGUUAAUGUCCUGAACAUUGGCCUGAUAUCACAGUAAAUUAGUAGAUAUGAUCAGUUACAUAAAAUAGAAUAAUAUUGGCUUCAGUAUCUCCUUUUGCAAUAAAAGCAUGUCUCCUUGGCAACAGGUCCUUAAUGCUAACUAACAGCUCUUUUACAAUGUACUUCUUAUGGAAACUUUGGUUGCCAUGCUAGUUAACGGCACAAAAUAUAUAAAGUAUAUCUAUUUAAAGCUAUACCUCUAUAUUAAUGCUAGAAAUAUAAAAUAUAGGAUUUAUAGGACUGGAUAUUCUGAUAUCUUGAAGUACAUGAUUGAUUGGUUCAUUGAUUGAGUGACUGAUGAUUCAUUGUAUUUUUUUAGAUAAGAUGCAGUAAUUUGAAUGCUGAUUAGGUAGCUCUGACCUCCUGAAACUCCUUUUUGUUACUAACUCAGGGAAAGGAGGUUUGAGUCCUGCUUAUAUGGGGGUUUGUCCUGGUGAAAAAAAAUAAUAAAUCUCUUGCUUUUAUAUUCUA